AUGGCAAACUCAGAUGUCGAGCUCCUCUUGUCCGAGGAAAACCAGCUCCCGCAAGUGAGCAGUUUUCCUCGCCGUGUGGCCCUUGCUUUGGGAGUCGUCGGCCUGGUCGGGCUUGGUCUCGCCGCAAAUCGUGGCGUCCCUGGCCUGACGAAGAAUGGUUCAGGAGAGUUCGUCCUUCUUGCGGAGGACUGCAUGGAGUACGGAACGUAUUACACCAAUCCUCAUAAGAUGGUGGGCACGGAUCGAAGCAACGAGCGAAGCGCUUCUGCUUGCCAAGAUCGCUGCAAGAACAUUCCAGGCUGCGCCCACUUCAGCUUCUGGCCAGAUGGCGGCUGCAUGGUGACUGGCCCCGAGUCCAUGGCUCGAGCUGCACCUCCGCGAUUCUCGGCGACGGUUUCAGGGCCAGCGUCCUGUGGAGGUGGAGCAGAAGAGCCGCCAGCGGCCAGCGUUUCGGGGCCUGUCAGUGACAGCAGCAGUGGACUCACGGUCCCCGACUCGGCGGAUCUCGAGAGCGCUGGGCUUAUCACGGAGGGAGGUAGCUCGGGCUUGGUCCUGGGCGCCUCGCCUAAGAUGCCCCAAGUGCCCACCGUCUUGCCCGCGGAGCUCCCCGAUGUCCCCACCAUGGCUCCCAUCGAGCUUCCCGAAAUCAGCUCGCCACCUCCCACGAAGCCCAUCGCGGGCGUCAAUGGGACCCAGUGUUCCGCAUAUCCCGCCUGCAUUGCCUCGGGGAUCAAGGAGGGAGAGUGCUGUCCGACGAAAGCCAAUGUGCCUCUGGGAUGCUGUUCUGGCAUUAUGCCACCGCCAGCAGUGAAGGAGGAGGGUGGCGCAAACCCGUUCGCCAAAGCAACCUCCGCGUGCUCGCUCUACCCCAAGUGCAUGCAGCUUGGCUUGACAGGUUCCUGCUGCCCUGCACCAAACGGCGCCAAGCUCGGAUGCUGCGACGAUUAG